CCGUGUCCCGUGUGGCCCACCCACCCCCCGCCCGCCCGGUCCUCGCGCCCCUCCGUGCCCGCGCGCCGCGCCGCCCGCCCCCGGGGACCAUGGCGCUCGUCCCGUGCCAGGUGCUGCGGGCGGCCAUCCUGCUGUCCUACUGCUCGGUGCUGUGCAACUACAAGGCCAUCGAGAUGCCCUCGCACCAGACCUACGGCGGCAGCUGGAAGUUCCUGACGUUCAUUGACCUGGUCAUCCAGGCCGUCUUUUUUGGGAUCUGUGUCCUGACUGAUCUUUCCAGCCUUCUGACGAGAGGCAGUGGGAGCCGGGAGCAGGAGAGGCAGCUGAAGAAGCUCAUCGCGCUCCGCGACUGGGUGCUGGCCGUCUUGGCCUUCCCCGUUGGGAUCUUCGUCGUGGUGGUGUUCUGGAUCAUUUAUGCCUACGACAGAGAGAUGAUUUACCCGAAGUUGCUUGACAAUUUUAUCCCAGGGUGGCUGAAUCAUGGAAUGCACACAACGGUUUUGCCCUUUAUAUUAAUCGAGAUGAGGACGUCACACCAUCAGUAUCCCAGCAGGAGCAGCGGGUUGGCCGCCAUAUGCACCUUCUCCAUUGGCUACAUACUAUGGGUGUGCUGGGUGCACCACGUGACGGGCAUGUGGGUGUACCCCUUCCUGGAGCACAUUGGCCCGGGAGCCAGGGUCCUCUUCUUUGGGUCGACGACCGUCCUAAUGAACGUCCUGUACCUGCUGGGAGAGCUUCUGAACAGCUACAUCUGGGACACACAGAGAAGUGCGGAAGAGGAGAAGGACAAGCCUAAGCUGGACUGAGGCCCACGCCGAGAGGAGAGGUGGACGGCGCCAACGAGGACGCGUGACCGGAGGAGGCUUCCAGAAGGCCGCGCCUCCGCGCCCACCCCUGCCCCGACGGGGCACGCUUCUAUUUAUAUAUAUAUAAAAUAAUAUAUAUAUAAAACAGAGUGCAGCUGUCUCCAAAAUAACUUGCCCUCGUUGAGUUCUUUCUAGCUUCAUUAUUGGCAAUAGCAUCUUUUUCUCUCUUUUUCCUUUUCUACUUUUUCAAGCUAAACUUGGUCUUUGGAUUUUCACUUUUGCGAAUGAAUUGUGACUCCACUCAAUCAAGGGAGAAUGAGACACGACCGUUUCUGGUCCAGAACGCGCUGGCCGGAGGGCAGAGUGAGGGACCUGGGCCUGCUGCUCCGCUGGCCGCGCCUCGAGCCUGGCCGCAGCGUGGCGGAGGGGACAGGCUCGCGGCUGGGCAUACAUACGUCCCGCUGGUCAAGCCCCGGGUGUUCGUGGAGCUCAUGACAAACCCCGUGAAACUUUUCCUUGAUACAGACUGUACCUUCAAUAAAGACCAAGCCCCCCUAACCCGCUCUCGGCAUGGCGCCUCUGGAUCCCAACGGCCCUGGGUCUCCGUUCUUGUUUGGUUUCCGAUACCUGCUGCAGAUGGGCCUGGUUUCUCCCUGUAUCAUAAAGAUACACAAUUUUUAAAUCAGAAACUUCCCCCCCCUUCACACACACACACACACACACACUUUCACACAUUCGCUCACACACACAGAAUCCCACACUCGCACAUACCCGUACAUUCUCUUUCUCACUUUCCUUUUCCUUGUCUACAGCCUCUUCCGAAGUCAGUCUGAUGGUGCCCCUGGCCACUGCUGAGGGCCCAGCACCCGCCUAAAAGGAGGAGAGGUUUCUAGGUUGUUCCUAGGACUUAAUUCAUUUAUAGAUAAUUUAAAGUAGAUACAGUUUAAUAGUUAGUAAGAGUGUAUAUACUUUACAGUACAAAUAUUCAAUUCUUAGCACCCUGAAGUAUUAAAAAUUUCAAUCUAAAGGAGAAAAUUUGAGUUAAUAGAUAUGAUUAUGUAGAAAACACACCACAUAUCAUUAAAUAAUAUGAAAGAACUCCAGUAAAACAUGUCUAUUAUAUCAAUAAAUAUGAAUGGGCUUAAUACACAUGUUAAAAGGAAAGGAUUUUCACACUAGAUCAGAAAGGAAGACCCAAUUAAUGGUAUACUGUAUAUUUGCAAAAAAACACACAAUGUGAAGUAAUUGUGAAAGAUGGAAAAGAAAACGGUCAAAAGUGCACCUGAAAUUUGAAAAAAAAAAAACAAAAAAAACACACCAAGAUUGUGAUUUUAACAUUUCAGGCCCGAAAUAAUCUCAGGGCCACCCACCUUGGUUAAUAGGGGAAAUCACUAUAGAAACCAUGUGGCGGAAUCCCACCUUGGCCCCUGACUCGUGGAGUUAGGACCCUCAUGUAGGACAGUCCUGGCAGAAACCCAGCAAAGCAGAAAAGCCAGGGCACCUCCCUGUCCUCAGAGUGACUCUGCGUCAGCGCCAAAGCCUUGGAGGAGACAGGGCUGCAGCGCCCACCACAGCACAUUAACCGCCUGCUGGGCCAUGGGCAGAGGACGGCCGCGUCCUGGAGGAGGAGGGGGGCUACUGGACGUGAGCAGGUGCACGUGUCUUGGAGGAGACUCGCCCACGCAGCCAGGCAUGCCUCCCCCCGCCGCCCUGCUUCCGAAAGAGGUCUCCUUCUCCUGGAGCAAAUCCUCAUAGUCCUGGUGUGGGUAGGAAGCCAGCCAUCUUGCAAGAGUUUAUUUCUCUGUGGCAACGAGCCCCCAAACAGGAGACAGUUUUCUUUAACCUGGCAAAGUCGGCAGGAUGCGUGCACUCACUUUCCUCAGGGCUCCUUCUGCCCUGCCCCAGAGUGGUCCCUAGAGCAGUCCCUGGUGGCCAUGUCUCCCCAGCACCCACGGGCACCCGCUCCUUCACCGAUGACGUCCUGCCGCUCGCACUGUGAGCCGGAAGUAGCAGGCACCCAGGCCCACGGGGACACACAAUCACCCAGGGAGUAGUAGGUAAAUGAACCACCACCCCCCAAAAAGCAGGGGCCUGACCUUCAUGAAGUUUCUAGCCCCCGGUGCUCCGAGACCCAUCAGUGUCUGCCCUCCCAGGUGAAGUCAGGUGACUGACCCUGGGCCCGUUGCUCAAGGUGUGCAAGUAGAUUUUGGAGGAAACUUAUCGCAUUGAGGGUGUCAUUAUUCCUAUACCAUAACUAGGGAAAAAGUAAUCACAGGGCUGUAAAAAUUAAAAUGGAAAAGCUAAAAACAAAAACCUGUGCCAAUCACCCAUUACUGGCAACAAACCACCUCAAAACGGCAGCUUCACAAAACCCCCAAGUUUCUGCAGUUCUGGCAGCGCGUGGUGGAAGGAGCGUGUCUCUGCUCCCCUCCGUGUCUGCCGUGUCUACACUCCCUUCCAAGUCUGGCUGUCGGAGGUGGCGGCUGAGGCUGUGACCUGGGGCCUUCCCAUGUGGCUGCUGGGAUUUGUGCAGCCCGGGUGACAGCUGUAUGCUACGUAGGACUUGGCUUUGGAAGUCACAAAGGGCAACCUCAGGCCUGCCCAGACUCCGGAGGGGGAACAGAGCCCACCCCUGGAUGAGGCACAUCAGUGUCACAUUGGAGGAGAAGCACGUGGGACUGGCAUAUACUGCAGAUAUACUGAGCUGUUUUGGGGAAAUUUAAUGUCACACUCACACACUUCAAAACAAUCAACUGAAGAAUUAUUUUAAAAUUAAGAAAAUUUAGAAAAGUAAGAGGGUAUAAAAUUAGUAUGUGUAAAUAAAUAGUUUUCAUUUACACAAGAUAUAUUACAAGAUACAAUGGAAGGAAAACCCCAGUACUAUGAAACUAUUAAAUGACGUAAUAGAAGAACUGAACAAAUAGAAACACAUACAGUGUUCUUAGAGGGCAAAACCCAACAUCCUAAAGAUGCCAGGACUCCCUGAGUUAAUUUACAAAUUCAGCAUGAUCCCAACAAAAAUAUCAACCUUUGUUUUUUUCAUUCAUUCAUUCAUUUUAUUAUUUUGAAACUAGAAAUACUAAUCCUAAAAGUCAUAUGUAAAAAUUAACUAACGAUAUAGGAGUAAAAGUGUUGGAGAAAACAUGGUGAGAGGGAUGAUGCCUCACCAGUAUGGACUAACUACAAUGUGUAAACUCAGAAU